AUGCCGUAUGUUUUUCUUCUCUUGUUAUUUGCAAGCAGCGUAGCAGCCUUUCCAAGCACUAACACCAGAACCACUGCCAUUGUUAUCUGUGUCUCCACCGCUGUAUUUAUACUGGUCAUUGGACUGGUUGGACUAGUGUAUUAUCUCUAUUCUCAAAAAUGUAAAAGGGUAUCUGAUUCCGUUAAAGACUCAUACGGCUUGGAUGAUCCAGACAAAGAAAGCAAACUAUAUAUCGGCCAAGAAUCUUCAUCAUUAGUAGAAGUUCACUCAGUACCAUCAUCACCAACGUUUUCUAUAGUCCAGACAUUACCAGGAACAUCAGCAGUGCAAACAGUACCAUCAGUACCAUCAAUACCAACAGUACCAAUAGUAUCAGCCAUAUCAGCAGUGCAAGUAGAGUUGGAAAUACCUCAGCACAUAUUUUCAGAUAAUCAUCCCAUUCCGGCUAAGCGACGGGGAUCAACAGCUUCGUUAUUGCUGCUAGGUAGUCGAUUUUUACGGCCCAGUAAACCUCUGAGGACAACAGUUGAAUCUACUGGUGUAGAUAGAUGCGUUAGUCACAGAAAGACAUCGUUUGGCUUGUCCUGCAUUUCUUUGCUGGAAAAAAGAGGGCCAAAAGAGGCAUCUGUGCGCAAGAAGUAUAGGCGAAAGAAGAUGACCGUCAACAGUCUUCGAGGAGGCAUGGGUUCCUGGAAGGCUGCAUGCUCCUCCCUCAGUCGCAAAUCAGUCGCCUCUGUCCAAUGGGUGAGCUUCCCUGGUCUGGAGAACGAGACUCAACAAACAUUGAGUGUUGUUAAUGGAGAGUCAACAAUAGGCAAGAAGAGAAGGCUGCACAAGAUCCCAAUACAAACUACACCAAAGGACAACUAA